GCCUAAGCUCAGACCAAUAGCUUUCUCUUCUGUAUGUCUAGAAGGCACAUUGAGUAUCAGAAGGCAUUGCUUCCAUCUGCUGCUCACUGUCUCUGUCCAGGAUUCAGAAUGCACAUUCUCUACUUCAACAUAGUCAAAUGAAAAGUGAAUCCAUAUUAAAGUUUAUGGCUGAAUUAACAAGUGGAGAUAUGUAGUAGCACUGGAAUUAUCUAUCCUAAAGGAACCAUAAACUUUACAGGACUUGGAAAGGAGCUGAACUAACUGGAGUAUAAAGAGGGAAAGGAACCCUAGAAGCCUGCGUUACUGACAAUCCUCUAUGACCAAUCCAGAUGUCCAAUGCAGACAACGGGAUGAAUGGAUAUGUUGUUGUUGCAGUGUGAACAGUAAAGUCACCAGCAGCACAAUCUAGUUCUUAUAUAUGUGUCUGCAGAACUGCAGGGAGACAGCAGUUCAGCACCCUAGAAGAGGACAGCUCCUUUCAUCAAUAGCAGCCAGUAGACUCUCCACAUUUGGAUUUCCAGAUUGGCAAUGGAAGAUCCAUAUGUUCCACCUUUCAACAUCAGUUCCUUUGGACUGGGAAAUAAGACACAUGUUUCCAGGGAAAAUCUAACGUUCUCCUUCUACUACCAGCACUCCACAGCAAUAGCAGCAAUGUUUAUUUUGGCCUACACGUUUAUCUUUCUUAUGUGCAUGAUUGGCAAUAUGUUGGUGUGCUUCAUUGUACUAAAGAAUCGGCAGAUGCGUACUGUGACCAACAUGUUCAUUCUGAACCUAGCUAUCAGCGACUUACUGGUGGGGAUCUUCUGCAUGCCAACUACAUUGGUGGACAACCUCAUCACUGGAUGGCCUUUUGACAACAUCAUGUGCAAAAUGAGUGGUCUUGUCCAAGGAAUGUCUGUUUCUGCAUCUGUAUUUACUCUUGUGGCCAUUGCAGUGGAAAGGUUCCGUUGUAUUGUAUAUCCAUUUCGACAAAAGUUGACUCUACGAAAAGCUAUAUUCACGAUCAUUGUCAUAUGGGUUUUAGCUCUAAUUAUAAUGUGUCCAUCAGCAGUCACUCUGACAGUGACCAAGGAUGACUAUCACUUCAUGGUAGACGACUACAAUAAUUUCUAUCCUCUCUACACCUGUUGGGAGGCUUGGCCUGAUAAGCAAAUGCGAAAGAUCUACACAACAGUCCUGUUUUCUCAUAUAUAUCUCGCUCCCCUCACCUUAAUUGUCAUCAUGUAUGCACGCAUUGCAUUCAAACUCUUUAAAUCAUCUGCCUCCAUCCAAGGAUCAAUGUCUGAAGAACACGAAGGUCGUAGAGUAUCCAAGAGGAAAGUAAGAGUAAUAAACAUGUUAAUUAUUGUGGCGCUUUUCUUCACAGUUUCUUGGCUGCCGCUUUGGACCUUAAUGCUGCUCACAGAUUAUGGAAAUCUUAAUGAUCAUCAGAUUAACAUAAUUGCUGUAUAUAUAUUUCCUUUUGCUCAUUGGUUGGCCUUCUUCAACAGUAGCAUCAAUCCCAUCAUAUAUGGCUACUUUAAUGCGAAUUUCCGUCAGGGUUUUCAGGAGGCCUUUAAAGUUCAAUUCUGCUCAACAAAAAGAGAGCACAAAGAAACAUAUUCAGAAAGGAAAAACAGUGGGUUCAUGUUUGGUGUAAGAAAUAGGAUUUUUGUUGAAGUACAACCCAGCGAUUCAGCUCAAGGAUCAGACUCAUGCAACAGUACAACAGCAAAAAGUGGUAUGUUCUCCUUAAGAAGUGGGAGGAUAGCCCAUCAUGGUAUGGUGGUUGAAGAGAUUGACAAUAAAGGCUCCAAUAAUACUGUCAGCAUUCCAGCAUGGGACAUUUAAUCUGUUAAAACUUCUCUUUGUGCUGAAUAUGUCAGAUGAAAGGAUUGCUAAAAUAAAUGUAUCUUGUGUAUCACCAGGUGAUGAUAAAGAUUGUGUGUGAUGUUGGUAAUAGGCUCCAAAUGUAUUAUAAACUAGCUGAGUACCCAGUGUUGCCUGGUUUUUCCUUCCUAAUCCUUGUUGGGGAGGAAAAUAAACAAAAGGAAGAAGCUUUUGACUUCAUAUCCCAUCUUCAUAUAUUGUUGUCAUGUCCCGAUCCCAUAUCCCAUCCUCCUAUCCCGACCUGCUAUCCCAUCCUCCUAUCUCGACCUCCUAUCCCGUCCUCAUAUCUCGACCUCCUAUCCCGUCCUCCUAUCUCGACAUCAUAUCGCUUCCUCAUAUCCUGUCCUCCUAUCUCGACCUCCUAUCCCAACCUCCUUUUCCGUCCUCCUAUCUCGACCUCCUAUCCCGUCCUCCUAUCCUGUCCUCCUAUCUCGACCACCUAUCUUGACCUCUUAUCCCGUCCUCCUAUCUUGACCUCCUAUCCCGUCCUCCUAUCUUGACCUCCUAUCUCUACCUCCUAUCACUUCCUCAUAUCCCGUCCUCCUAUCCUGUCCUCCUAUUUCGACCUCCUAUCUCGACCUCCUAUCCCGACCCAUAAUAUGUAUACCAGGUAUUGAAAUAUCUCCAGCCGUACUGAGGUUUUGUGGGAACAUAUAUUUACCAUUGAUUUGAAUGGGACAAAAACCCUGACCCUCACAAAUGGGGGUAGUUAAGGGUAAAUUAACUAUCCUAUAUUUUAAGAGGACAUAUAAGUAACAUGUGACCAAGUAUUAUCGAAAUAUCUCCAGCCGUUUGGAAGUUAUGCAGUAACAUAUAUUUCCCAUUGACUUGUAUGGGACUUUAAACAAAAACCCUGCCCCUGGCAAAUGGGGAGUGAGUAAGGGUUAAAUUACCUAUCCUAUGUUUGUUGUUGACAUAUAAGUAACAUGUGUGCCAAGUUUCAUGUUAAUAUCUUCAGCCGUUUGGACGUGAUGCUGGAACAUACACACAUACAUACACACAAACAUACACACAUUGGGGGAGAUUUAUCAAAACCUGUGCAGAGGAAGAGUGGUG